AUGAAAACACCAAUCUUCUCCACUCCAGCAUCCCAUCGCCACUGCGCGCCCAACAGAUGGUCUCUGCUCCCCAACAUCCGCCGCGACAAGAACUCUAGUAGGUGGUUCCUCAGUUCCUCGAUACCUGUAUGCGAGAACGGGGAUCAGCGAGAAACGUUCCCCGGGUCGCCGAAUCUGAUUUUCAUUUUUACCGCCGUUCAGGCUCCCGGGGUCCAGCGAUACCCACCCACCCAUGCCCCCCCGUCCGUGUCCGGAAGCCGGGGAACCUAUGCCCACGAUGAUUCAACAAACCCUCUUCCUCCCCGCAAAAUCUAA